CCCUUUGGGACGCUUCUUUUCUGGCGGCCGGGAGCUGAGGGUGGGACUCAGACCGCAGCCAGAGGCCGGGGGUCUCCGCCAUGGGCACCGCCAGGUCUCCCGGGCGCGGCUGCGGAGCCCUGACCCGGGGGCUGCUGGGCGCCGUGCUGCUGCUGGGCCUGCGGCUGUGCAUGGAGUUGCGUCAGGCGGGCUCGGGACCUCCGGGCCGCCGCGACCCCCCGGGGCCCCCCGGGCCUCCCCACGUGCUGCUGGCGCCCGGCCCUCCGCGCGGAGCCAGAAGGAGGCAGGUGACCUACGUGCGCAGCGGGCGCCGAGCGCCGCCCCGGGGUGGUGGCAGCACGACGCCGGAGCCGAGCUGCUGUGCCCAGCGUGGGCUUCCCCGCAGGAAGGGUCCCCGGUGGCGCAUAGAGCUCCAGCCAUGGGCAGGCCCUGCUCAGUCCCUGGAUGAAGAAGCCUCAAGGUUCCUGAGCUACAUCAGUACCACUCAGAUUGCAUGCGAUCACAUGGGUACAGACAGCUUGGCUGCUGACUCCAGCCCUGCAACGAAGCCCUGGCUGGUGUGUCUUGAUGACAGGUUUGGCUUAGCUCAUCAAAUCCGCGACAAGCGGUGCCGCCUCUACUCUUUAGGGCUGGGAAGCGAUGACACACACUUUGAGGUGAGCAUGGCCAAUGAUGGAUGUGAAGUUCAUCGCUUUGAUCCUAGUGUCAAAUCAGCCCAUGUUCUGGAGAGCCAGCGCCUCUGGCACCACCGCCUGUCCAUCGACUGGCGGGAUCCGCAUCCGGCUGUGGCUGCUCAGAAGCCCCACAGCAACACCAGAAAACUGGGAAGCGUUUUGAAUGAAUUUGGGCAUUACAAGAUUGAUGUACUCAAGGCAGAUCUGGAAAGUGCAGAAUGGAAAGUUUUAGAAAACCUGAUUCUGGAGGAUGUCCUCGGACAGAUUGGCCAGCUCCUCUUUGAGAUUCACCUCCACUGGCCUGGCUUUGAGGUCAGUGGCAGCGAGAGCAGUGUGGUGCGGUUUUGGUACAGCCUCCUGAAGGAGUUGGAGCGGAAGGACUUCAGACUUUUCCACACCUAUAAAGACUUAUCUAAGCCUCAGCUCUUCCUGAAGAAAGACAUUUUCAACGCCAGCAGCUGUUAUACCCUGAGUUGGGUGAAUACGAGAUGGAGAUAGGAUGCAGCCGCGCGCACAACAGGGAGAACUAUUUGCAGACAGAUGCAUCCGUGCUUCCGGUCGCGGAGUCACGCCUCCAGCCUCCACUGGUCUGUUUCCUGCGUGAUGCCGCAGCGAUCGUGUUAUAAGAGUACACGAAGUACACGAUCUGUAUAAGAGUACACGAUCUGUAUAAGAGUACACGAAGCCUUGAGCUUGACAAUGGACAGCGGCUCGGAGGGACAUCUCUCCUGGCCCUGCGCUUUUGCCUUUGACGGAGCGGGGUAUGCCCCCUCCGCUCUCACUUGGAGGGUAGGAAUACCCUGCUCCUGCCAGUUUCUGGUUGCCUUAGAAUCCAUUAUGUAUCUAUAGCUCACGAAUUUACA